GCGGGAGGCGUGCGGGAGUGAGUGGGGGGCCGCGGCGCGCUCCGCGGCGCCUCGCACUCGGCACAGCCGCGGGACCGUCCCCCGCCAGCUCCGCCCCGAGGCCGAGCGCCCGGACCCCGCGCUGGGAGAGGACUUCCCAUCACCGGCUGUCACUGCCAAGCACAACUCCAGGCCUGGGAAAACUGCAGUGGGGAGGCCUGGACGCCCUGCUUCCCAGAGAGCCCAAGGCAGGCUUCUGUCCUCACCACCUGACAGCCUUCGCCCAGACGGAGCCUGUGGCUGGCAAGGCCACCGAGCAGGGCCAGGCCGGGCCCUGCCCGCAAGGACGCCCAAACCCUUCACCGGCCCCCAAGCCACAGAGCCCACCAGGCUCUCCUGCCAGCCCCACCAUGACAUCGGAGGAGCCCACGUCGCCUCCUGUGGUGCCCCCACUCCACUCCCCCAAGUCCCCUGUCUGGCCUACCUUCCCUUUCCACAGGGAGGGCAGCAGGGUCUGGGAACGAGGCGGAGUCGCUUCUCGGGACCUGCCCAGCCCUCUGCCGACCAAACGGACGAGGACAUAUUCAGCGACAGCCCGGGCCUCUGCCGGCCCUGUGUUCAAGGGCGUCUGUAAGCAGUUCUCACGCUCGCAGGGCCACGGCUUCAUCACCCCCGAGAACGGAUCGGAGGACAUCUUCGUGCAUGUAUCUGACAUUGAGGGAGAGUAUGUGCCCGUGGAAGGCGACGAGGUGACCUACAAGAUGUGCCCCAUCCCACCCAAGAACCAGAAGUUCCAGGCCGUGGAGGUGGUGCUCACCCAGCUGGCCCCCCACACCCCCCAUGAGACGUGGUCUGGCCAGGUCGUGGGCUCCUAGGCAGGGGCAGCCACACCAGGAAGGCGGGCAGCAGCGGGCCCUGUGCCCCCACAGUGCUGCUGACCAGCCCUGGGCGGCCUCAGUGUGCACGUCCAUCUGUCUGUCUGUGCUCGUGGCCGUGAGUGUGUGCCUCUACCCACCCGUGACCCGUGACUGUUGUGUGAGCCAGUCAGGAGCCGGAUGGAGGGGAGGCUGCCAGCCCUGCCUUGGCCUGCCCCUCCUCCAUCCUCCCUGCAGCGCACACCCCACCCUCUUGCCCCCUGUCCGCUGUUCACAUGUUGAC